AUGGCCGACUUUUAUGUGCGAACGGCGCGCACGAUGCAGGAUGUGCUGACGCAUCGGGGCUCGGUCAAAGCCAUGUCGGCUGGGCACGGUGAUAAGAAGGAUGCGAAGCGCAUCAUGGCACUCGUGGUGAAUACGCUAUCGUAUCGUGCGGCGCUCCAGCACAUUCUCAAGCAGGUGGACCUUGUGAAAAAGGAACCGAAGUGGUUCGGCAGUGCGUCGCCGCUGAACCGCACACAGGGUGCCCUGCCUCAGCCUGCACCGUCGAUGUCUGAUUGCGUGAUGCUCGUCAUGCUGCACGACCUGCUGUUCACGUCGCGUGGUAUUCAAGCAGCCAAGGCAUGGCCGCCUCGUGAGAGGAUGGAAAAAUACAAGUCGCAGCUGCAUGCAGAGCUCGUGCGACUACAGAUCCGGCAAGGCAAGAAGAGUGUAGAGGAGCUGCGCAGUGGUGCCGCGGAGCGCCGCGUUGCCGCGCGCAUUCCGCGAUGGUGCCGCAUCAAUACGCUCCAAGUCACGGAGCAGGACGCGCUGCAGCAGCUCCAAGCGGCCGGCUUUACCCGCACCGAGUCGAAUACCUUGGAGCAUGUGAAUGCGUUUUGCCCCUCGCUGCAUGUGGCGCAUGUAUGGGCCUUUCAUCCGAGGGCCACAUCCAAGCUUAUGAGUCUGCCCCUGUACAAAACGGGCGGCCUCAUCCUGCAGGACCUAGCGAGUUGCUUCCCCGCGGCUGUUUUAGCGCCCCCCGACCGAGACUACGCGCAGAUUCAUGCCUUGGACGCCACGUCGGCGCCAGGCAACAAGACGAGUCACCUUAGCGCCCUGAUGCAGGGCCAAGGUACACUUGUGGCCUUGGAGCGUGCGCCGCAGCGGUUCAAGACACUUACUCAGAUGCUGGACAAGGCGGGUGCGCUGGCCACACAGCAUGGCAAUGUAUACCCUCAAAAUACGGACUUUUUGACGCUCGAUCCACAGGAUGAAUCCUAUGCGGCCAUUCGCUACAUGCUUCUGGAUCCAAGCUGCUCUGGCAGUGGUAUCGUGAAUCGGCUCGACUACCUCACGAGCCACGACGACGAGCAGGACAACUUGGAGCAAGUCGUGCCAGAUGCCGAAUCAUCUAGCGUGGCCGAACAGACGCGCCUCGCUAGUCUCGCGAGUUUGCAGCAGCGCAUGAUUCGGCAUGCUAUGACGUUUCCGCAUCUGGAGCGAUUCACCUACUCUACCUGUUCUAUUCACCCUGAAGAGAACGAGCAUGUCGUCAUGCAGGUAUUGGCCUCCGAGGAAGCCCAACAGGGUGCAUGGACACUCGCACCACGCGCCGAGGUCUUGCCGACAUGGCCCGAGCGUGGCCAACCAGAGGCCUGUGGUGGUGAUGAGAGCGUGGCACAGUGCCUCGUCCGAUGCACCCCCGGCGGCACGAGCGAAUGCAGUACAUCAGCCGUGCAUCGCAUGGCGUCCAAUGGAUUUUUUGUGUGCUGCUUUGUGCGCCGCACGGCGUCUCGGCCAGCGAAACGCGCGCGUCACCACUAG